UUUACAGUUUAUCUGCAGCAGACGUCUCUAGUUGGGCAGAGGUGACAACAUUACCUAGGUUACACUGCCCGCUGUACUAUUACCUAAGGAGAUUUUUCUCUACUAGCGUCGGGCCGUUCAAAGGGUUAAUGACGUGUGUGUGUGGAAAUUAGCAGUUGCAAUGGGAGCCUGAAUCGGACUGGCAUGCGAUUAUUAGAAGCAGGUUCUCCUCAUCAGGAAAUUAGGACAUGGAUUGGAGCACACUACGAAGGGAGUAGAGAAAAGGCGCCGUCACCCGGCUGUAUGGGAGUAAGGGCAUCUGUUGUUGCCGCACGAGCCCACGCCGGGCGGCCCAUUUUUGCUUAUUUCUUUUUUUUGUUUUCAUUCAUUUCUUCUGUAUUCUGCUCUUUGUAUUUCUCAGCACGCGGCUGUACAUUUGGAUUUUUAGUGUGUUGCUGACGCUUGGAAAGUAGCGUGUGGGUUUAACGGCGAGAUGGCAUUACACACGUCGGUGGUGGCGGCUGUGUUCAGUGCUUGGUUCCUGGCGUGUGUGUACUCUCCCGGUAGCAGUGGCUUCGUAGAGGGAUCAAGAACAGUGUGUGGUGAGGCUCAAUUCCACUGUAGAAAUGGACGUUGCAUUACUUCUAUGUGGCGAUGUGAUGGAGAUGACGACUGUGCAGAUGGAAGUGAUGAGGCCUCCUGUGUAAAAACGACCUGUUCAGAGUCUGAUUUUGUAUGUAAAAACGGUCAGUGUAUUCCAAAGAGGUGGCACUGCGAUGGAGAUACAGACUGUGAGGAUAGUUCUGAUGAAAGCCCUGAAAAGUGCUACAUGCGGACAUGCAAAUCUACAGAGUUCAGCUGCAGUGCCCAGUCUACACUGUGCCUUCCAAUUUCCUGGAAGUGUGAUGGAGAUGAUGAUUGCGAGAAUGGUGAAGAUGAAGAAAACUGUGGUAAUGUAACAUGCAGUCCUACUGAGUUCACAUGUUCCAGUAACCGCUGUAUUUCCAAGAACUUUGUCUGCAAUGGUCAGGAUGACUGUGGUGAUAAUAGUGACGAAAAAGACUGUACUGUACCAACCUGUGGUGCUCAUGAGUUUCAGUGUUCAAACUCCACUUGUAUCCCUCUGAACUGGGUAUGUGAUGAUGAUGUGGAUUGUGCAGACCAGUCUGAUGAAUCCUUGGAGCACUGUGGGCACAAACCACUUCCUGCAGUACAGUGCAACAACAAUGAAGUGAAAUGUGGUUCUGGGGAGUGUAUCCACAAGAAGUGGCGUUGUGAUGGUGAUAAGGACUGCAAGGAUGGAAGUGAUGAGGUUAAUUGCUCUCCUCGUACUUGUCAGCCAGACCAGUUCAGAUGUGAUGAUGGUAGUUGUAUCCAUGGCAGCAAGCAGUGCAAUGGUGUGAGAGACUGUCUGGAUGGCAGUGAUGAAACCAGUUGCAAAAAGGUAGACCAAUGCUCUGGGCCUGGAAAGUUUAAGUGCCAGAGUGGAGAGUGCAUAGAGAUGGGUAGAGUGUGCAACCAACAUCAGGACUGCAAAGACUGGAGUGAUGAACCUCUCAAAGAAUGCAAUGUAAAUGAGUGCAUAGUGAACAAUGGUGGCUGCUCCCACAUCUGCAGAGAUCUGAUCAUUGGCUAUGAAUGUGCCUGCCCAGCUGGCUUUGAGCUGAUAGAUAGAAAAACAUGUGGAGAUAUCGACGAAUGCCAAAAUCCAGGAAUCUGCAGUCAGAUUUGCAUGAAUCUGAAAGGUGGUUAUAAAUGUGAAUGCAAAAGUGGCUACCAGAUGGAUCCUGCUAAUGGUGUUUGUAAAGCAGUAGGGAAGGAGCCAUGUUUGAUAUUCACCAACAGACGGGACAUUCGUAAGAUUGGUCUUGAGAGGAAUGAGUAUACUCAGAUGGUUGAGCAGCUGCGAAAUACUGUAGCUUUGGAUGCAGAUAUCACUGCUCAGAAACUUUUCUGGGCUGACUUGGGACAGAAAGCAAUCUUUUGUGGUUCUGUGGACAGGCGUGAAGAAGUGAGCAGCUAUUCUAAAAUCGUUCAUGAAGAUGUUCAUAUUCCAGUGGGAAUUGCAGUGGACUGGAUCUACAAAAACAUCUACUGGACAGAUCAGGGCCUGAAAACCCUCUCUGUAUCUACUUUUAAUGGACAGAGAAGGACUGUCCUUUUUAAAGACUAUAUGAGGGAGCCAGCUUCAGUAGUGGUGGAUCCAGUGUUUGGGUUCAUCUACUGGUCUGACUGGGGAGAACCAGCCAAAAUUGAAAAAGCUGGGAUGAAUGGAGUUGACAGACAACUUCUGGUGACUACAGAUAUUCAGUGGCCCAAUGGAAUUGCAUUAGACCAGGUGAAAAGACGCCUUUAUUGGGUGGACUCUAAGCUGCAUAUGCUUUCCAGUGUAGACCUGAAUGGCCAAGAUCGUAGGAUCGUGCUGAAGUCUCAAGAGUUCCUUGCUCAUCCCUUUGCCCUUUCCAUAUUUGAGGAUCGUGUGUUCUGGACAGAUGGUGAAAAUGAAGCAAUCUAUGGAGCAAACAAAUUUACUGGGACCGAGUUGGUUACUCUAGUCAAUAACCUUAAUGAGGCUCAAGACCUAAUUGUUUACCAUGAGCUCAUCCAGCCACAGGGUACAAAUUGGUGCAAGGAAGAACUGGAAAAUGGAGGUUGUGAAUACUUGUGUCUUCCUGCUCCUCAGAUUAAUAGUCGUUCCCCAAAGUACACUUGUGCAUGUCCUGUUGGGAAAGAGCUCCAUAAUGAUGGCAGACGCUGCAGGAGAGCUGCUGCUUCAGCUAAAAUCCCACUGGGUCACGAAGGCAACGACCAAAGGCUUUUAAUGAACCUGCCAACUGCUGGAUCAGUCACUGGAGAAAGCAACAUGAGUUCCAUCUAUGAUGCAAAUACUUCAACCAGAAGCUCUUCAGCAGCAUGGGCUAUUCUUCCUAUAAUGUUAAUAGCAGUAUCGGCGCUGGGUGGCUAUAUUGUGUGGCGGAACUGGCAGAGAAAGAAUAUGAAAAGUAUGAACUUUGAUAACCCAGUCUACCUCAAAACAACGGACGACGACCUAACAGUAGAUAUCAGCAGACACAGUGGUGCAGUGGGACAUACAUAUCCAGCAAUAUCUGUUGUAAAUACAGAAGAUGAUCUUGCUUGAUAACUGCCAAACUCCAUCCCAUUUCAGUUUGUUCCAUGGUAACCAGGCCGACUGCUGAGCAACCUUUGGAAGAAUGAAGAUGCCUUCUACUUGUGUGUGCUAUAUGUUAAUAUUUUAAGAUAAAUAUGUAAAUAUGAAAUAAUUUUACAUAUCCUGUUCAGCUUUUGAUGUGGUUACCAUUUGUUUCACUAUAUAUGCUACUUUUUGUAGCGUCAGUAAUAAAACCAUUUUCCACUGUAAAGCACCUUCCACAUGAAGCCAUAUUCCAGCAAAGAAACUAUAUAGCAAUUCAUGUGUACAGUUAUUUCUAUGGCCCAUUUGUAAUUAUUCCAAAGGAAAAUAUUCUUAAGCACUUUGAAUGUAAAUAAGAUAUUGUAUACUUGACUGUACAAAUUUUUUUCCAAUGGUGGGGCAUUCAGGGGAAAAAUGGGUUGGAAUUGCCAAAAAUGUGAGAAUGCAUUUGUGAACUGUGUAGCCUUUAUAUAUGAAGGUGUGCAGGAGAAAUGAGUGCUUUUUGUCAAACACUUGUACAUUUUUCAAGUAAUAAAUUAAUAUAAGAAAA